UUGUUUUGUUUCCAUCAAAAGAAAACUGCUGCUGAUGCACACAGAAUUAUUUGUGAGAUAUAUGAUGAAAAUGUUAUAACCAUUAGAACGUGCACAAAUUGGUUUAUACGAUUUAAAAGCGAUGAUUUCAAUAUCAGCGAAAAACGCUCCGGAAAUCCUGUUGUGGAAAAAGAUGAAUUGCAAAAGAUGCUUAAUGAAGAUUCAGCCUAAUCGUGUGAGAUUGCAUUACAACUAAAAGUUGAUCAUUCAUCAAUUGUUCCCUAUUAUUUAAAUGCAAUGGGAAAAGUCCAGAAGUAUGGAAAGUGGCACAUAAAUUAUCCGAAUGCGCAAUUGGCAAUCGGCAAAAACAUCGGGUGGAGCCUGGCUAAUCAAUAUCAUCAAUGCCACUACGCAAUAUCCACGGUCGUAAGGUUCUGCUGUGUAUCUGGUGGGAUCAAGAAGAUGUACUCUUCUUUGAGUUGUUGCCGGAGUUGAUCGGAGCAAACUAUUACGGGACACUGCUACAGCAAGCAACUAAGGCAACUGUACAGAGAAUUAAUUAAAAAACGACCACAAAUAGUUAGCAACCGUCGCAAGAUCAUCCUGCUGCAUGACAGUGCCAGGCCACAUGUUGCUAAGGAGACCAAGGAAGCAUUGUUGAAGUUGGAAUGGGAAGUUCUUCCGCAUUCAGCUUACUUUUACUUCACCAGACAUUGCCUCUUCAAAUUAUAAUCUAUUCAGAUCAAUACAGCACGGCUUAUUUGCGCGGGAAGAGGGCCUCACCGAGCUCGCUGCCUUUCUCUUGUGUUUGUCAAGUAUUUCAGGAUGAAGUUUUCAAAGCAGUCAAGCCUAUCUACGAAGAAUUAAGUUCUGACGAUUUAUUAUCCCGCUGUCUUGGCGGGUAUAUUCAAAAUAACAACGAGAGCUUCAACUCUGUGCUGUGGUCUAUAGCGCCGAAAGGGGUCCACAGCAGCAAGGCGAUCGUUGAUAUUGCUGCAAAUUUUGCUGUUUGCAAUUUCAACGAUGGCCUAAAAAGUAUUGGAAAUUAUGCAAGUUUUUAACUUAACGAUCGGUACCACCUGCUACAACUUUUGCAUAAAAA